AAACGAAGGUAGCUCGGCGGAGUAGAGCGCUACACCGACUCAGUUGCUUACGAGCAUUUGCCAACGAACGAACCGAGUCAUGGCUGUCCGUUUAGAAAAUAAUAACGCGGGUGUCGUGCUCGCGACGUGCCGUACGGUGCUUCUCGUGUUCGUCGCCGUUCUUGUUCUUGCAAAUGCCGAUCAGAACCAGUCGGGACUGAAGGUCGAAAAGCUGUAUGUACCGGAAGUAUGCGACGCCAAAUCGAAGAUCGGUGACCAGCUGACGAUGCAUUACACCGGCACAUUGGUGGAUGGUACCAAGUUCGACUCAAGUUUGGACAGAGAUCAGCCGUUCACAUUCCAGCUGGGAGUUGGCCAAGUUAUUAAAGGCUGGGACCAAGGAUUGGCGGAUAUGUGCGUGGGCGAAAAGAGGAAGUUGACCAUACCGCCGGAACUCGGAUACGGGGAGAAAGGAGCCGGAAACGUAAUUCCUGGAGGUGCUACUUUGCUAUUCGAAGUUGAACUGAUCAAUAUCAGCGACUCUCCACCAACCGCAAACGUGUUCAAAGAGAUCGACAGCGACCAUGACAACCAAUUGUCCCGCGAGGAGGUGAGAGCAAUGGUGAGCGAGUAUCUGAGGAAACAAAUGAUCGAGGCGGAGCAGGGCGGAGCCGGCGACAACGAGGAGAUGAAGAAGAUGCUGGUUGACCACGACAAGCUGGUCGAGGAGAUCUUUCAGCACGAGGACAAGGACAAGAACGGCUUCAUCUCCCACGACGAGUUCAGUGGGCCGAAGCACGAUGAGCUCUGAAGUCUUCGUGUCGCGUCGCCGCGUCUCCGAGCACCGCGUCGCCGACGGCGUCGUGUCUCGCGCCACCACGUGUUCACAUCCGCGCGGAAUCGUCUCGUCGAGUCUUGUCCGAUCCGCGAGGAAUACCUCUGAACACGGAACCCUUCGCAGCCGUGUCAUAUCGAUCGAUUGAUCGAUCGUUUGUCCCGUGGACUGUGUUGAAACAUGAACAUCCGCUUUUUCGACGCGUCUGCUGCGCGGUGCACACGAAUCUUUCAAGCUUGAGAAAGAAAAAAAAAAAGAGAAGCGCGGAUCUCUUCUUCGCUAGGGAAUUUCUCUCGUGAAAGGAGGACAGUGGCCAGUCGUCGAUCGAAGGAACGAAGGAAGCGUCUGAAAACUCCGUAUCCAUAGGAACUCCAUAGAGGGACUCGACCGAGAAAUUGACCGAAAGAGUAUCAAAAGUGCAAAGGCAGUUCAGUUCGUCUUGCUAAGAUUCCUCUUCUUGUCCAAGCAAGAAACUCGAAGAUUACGAGUCUGUACGAGCUUGUUCGAGUAAUUGGAAGGAUUGCGAGAAUUAAUCGCAAAGCCAGGCUUAGAAUGUCGCACAUUCUUUCUACACGAACGAAAUCAAGUUUCAAGAGAAUCGGUGGAGAGAAAGGAGGAAGAACUACCUCUUGCGAUGUGUCGACUAUGUCAUCGAAUGUUCUUGUAUUUUCGGGACGUUUAUCCCUCUGUCGAUGAACACGUUUUCUAAGAAAAGACGAAAUAAUCUGUUAACGCAAUAAUAACGCGGGAAUAAAAGAAUGGAAAAGAGACGAAGAAAUAAGACAGAAGAGAAAAGGACGAGCGUGUUGAGGAUGUUUUCAGGAUGGUCUGACGCAUUUUUCAUCGGAGAUAUACAGCUUUCAGGGACACGUUCCAACUAUAUAAACCGGGAAUUUACGUUUCCGAGAGUGAUAACUCGCGAGUGGCGUAAAGACAUGACUGGUCGAGCGAUCGAAAACCUGGCACGAAGCGAGGCUGUUCUAACGUAAUAUAAUUAUACAAAUAUAGAUAGAAAGAAACGAAGGGAAAGAACGGCUGGGAGUGAGAGAAAGAGAAGAAGGGUGAUAUAAUGUGAAAGAGACAGAGAAAGUGUUUUUUCUACACGACUAUAGAUGUUAGCGUAUUAAUUAAGCGCAUCGAUGUAACGGUGCUAAAAAUCACACGCGAAAACGUUCUGUCCCUCUCUCAAAAAGCUUCUUCCUUUUUGUCCACCCCCGCCCCUAACUGCAUUUUAUGCCGUAUCACACACGACACACAUUUAAUUGUACACACAUACACACAGUUACCCCCGUUUUCACCAGCAUCAAGCCCCGCCGGCAUUCUCAGCCACGAAUUUCACGCGAGAAACGUAUCCAAGACUGGUGGAGAGGAACUCGAUAGAGUAGAAGCCGCGAGAUAACCUCGAGGAUGUUACGUGGUGGAGAUGAGUGGCGGUCGCAAAGCAACGCGAUCUUUUUUCUCCCAUGAUCGACGAUCUAUCACUAUUACACUUUUAACUGAUACGUUUUUAUUACUGCAUUAUAUUGUAUAUUGUUAAAGUUGGACGAAGGUUAAUAAUAAAUCGUGCGUCUCGAGCACAGUUUGUUAUAUAAAA